ACCGUUCAGAAUUCAACACAAAAAUCCAACACACAAAAUAGUUUUCAAAAUUCAAAAUUCAAGAGAGCCAUGCCCCUCGUCAGGUUGGAGUCCUCCGAUGGUGUUGUUUUCGACACCGAUGCCGACACUGCCAAAUGUUCGGGCACCAUUAAAAAUAUGCUGGAGGAUUGCGGGCUGGAGCACGAGGAGGACCAUGACCAUCCCAUCAUACCCGUGCCCCAUGUGAACUCAACGAUUCUGAAAAUGAUCCUGACCUGGGCCAAAUACCAUAUGAAUGACGUUCCACCUGCGAAAGAUGCAGAUAAGAAGGAUGGGAAAAUGGAGGAGUAUCCCAUCUGUGAGUGGGAUGCAGACUUCUUCUCGACGGUCGAUCACGGCACUCUCUUCGAGCUGAUCAUUGCCGCCAAUUACUUGGACAUUAGGGGACUGAUGAAUUCCGCCUGCCAGACGGUGGCCAACAUGAUCAAGGGCCACACUCCCGAACAGAUUCGGCUUAUCUUCAACAUUCCAAGGGAACCAACAGAAAAGGAUUUGUAUGAAAAUCAUAGCGUCGGGAGCAGUGACAGCGAAGAGAACUAGAUUAAUACUAAACUCCACUGAGAUAUCUAUCUUUUGCCCAAA